AUGCUCACCAAGACUUGCUUCGCGCUCGCCUCGGCUGCGCUCGCCAGCAAUGGUGCCCUUGCCCUGGGUCACCGCCACCGCCAUGGCCAUGAGCAGAAGCGUGCUCUCAUCUACGAGACCACCGAGACCGUCACUGAUAUUGACUGGGUCACUGUCACCGUCGAUCCCAACGAGCCUGCCACCUCAGCUCCUGCUGUUGAGGCCACCCCCUCCACCAGCUCGACUACUGUAGAGGCCACCCCCUCGGUUGUGCCCAGCGUCGCCCAGCCCGUGGCUCCUGCUUCUUCGUCGUCGUCGUCGUCGAUCGUUGUUGCGACUCCCACUCCUACACCAAGUGCCGCCCCUACUACUUUCGCCACUAGUGUUGCGUCGCCAUCGCCUUCCACCACCUCUACCACCUCUCAGGUCUUUGAGGCUCCCGAGGUUGCCGCUGUUGCCACGACACCUUCGACGUCUUCGUCUGCGGCCGCGGCUACGACAGCCUCUGUGGCCACGACCUCCGGCAACAAGCGAGGCGCCGCUUACAACCUCGCCAGCCUGGUUUCCGCCCUCACCGGCACCGGCAGCAAGAUCAGCUGGGCGUACAACUGGGGCCAGGUCAGCGAUGGACUGUCUGAUGUUGACAGUUCCCUGGAGUACGUUCCCAUGCUGUGGAGCAACAGAGCGGACUUCAUCUCUACCUGGGACUCCAACGCCAAGUCCGCCAUCAGCAAUGGCGCCAAGAACUUCCUCGGCUUCAACGAGCCCGACAACGCGGGCCAGGCCAACAUGGAUGCUGCCACUGCUGCAUCCGCCUACAUUGAGUACCUGACCCCUUACGCCGACUCUGUCCGUCUUGGCUCGCCCGCCAUCACCAACAGCGGAAGCGACGGAGAGGGCGUGAGCUGGCUGAGUGAGUGGGUCAGCGCCUGCAACGGACAGUGCAAGUUCAGCUUCUGCGCCGCCCACUGGUACUCCCCUGCCAGCAGCUCCGACUUCCUCAGCUUCGUCACCCAGGUCCACGAGGCCUGCGGCACCGACAAGACCGUCUGGAUCACUGAGUUCGCACCCACCGGAGCUGAUGACGCCACCAUCUCCUCGUUCCUCGAGGAGGUCCAGGACGCCCUCGACAACAACUCGACCUACAGCUUCGUCGAGAGGUACUCUUACUUCUACGUCGCUGAUGGUUCAUUGAUCACUGGCACCUCGGCCAGCACCUACGGCAACACCUUUGCCUACGGCUCCUGA